GAAGCCGCGCCGGGACCUGCGACGCGCGCGCGCAGCGCGUCGGAACUCGGAAGUGUGGGUGCCCCGCGGGCUGUGGGCCGCACCGCGGCGGCGCCCCCCACCCCCCGCCCCCGAUGGCUCAGGAGCAGGGGUUGGGGGCCCGCGCGCUUCCCGGCUCGCAGAAGCUGCUGGACGCCCUGCUCCGGAACCUCUACGAUUUGGAGGAGACAGAAGGUGAAGCAGAACAGAAAAGGAUCAGGAAGAGAGGAGAAAACAAGAAGAGAGGUGCCGAGACACCCGUGGUCGCGGCAGCAGAGCCAGCUCCCCUACCUGGUUCCCUUGGAAGAGGUCAAAGGAAGAGUGCCUCCAGCUUCUUCAAGGAACUCCAAGAGCUGCGGCGUGCCCCUGCUGUGACCCCCACUGGUUCCCCUUCAGGACCGGAAGCCCCUAGUGCUGCUGUAUCUCCCCCAACCCUGAAGAACCCCAGAGAGCCAGUAGAAGUGAUAGAAUUUCACAGCAGAAAUAAGAAAAGAAAAGAGAAGCUGGAUCGAGAUGAAAACACACAGACCAAAACUAGUAUCCAUGAGAAAGGUUUGGAGAAACAAGAAUUUAACUUAGAGAAGGCUCGCUUGGAAGUGCACCGGUUUGGGAUCACGGGUUAUGGAAAAGGGAAGGAACGACUCCUGGAGCGGGAACGUGCCAUCAUGCUGGGUGCUCAGCCUCCCAAAAACAGUUACGUGAAUUACAAGGUGUUGCAGGAGCAAAUCAAAGAAAAGAAGGCAGCCAAGGAAGAAGAAAAGAGAAUGGCCCAGGACACAGAUAUCUUCAAGAAAAAGAAGAGGAGAGGGCAGGAAGACAGGAAAUCCAAAAAGAAGAAAUCAGCUCCCAGUAUUUUGUCCAGCGGACGGAUUGGGCAGAUUGGAAAAUUCAAAAAUGGGACGCUGAUUCUGAGUCAGGUUGAUAUCAAGAAAAUAAAUUCCUCCCGAGUGGCGAAGUGAAGUCCUUUAUAAAAUAAGGAGAGGAACAGCAAAGUGCUGCUGCACUGAAACUGGACCCCAUAAGACUUCCAGAUUCUUCUUAUUUAUUUUCUAUUUCAUAGGCCGCUUUUCUGUUUUUAGGGAAAAAAUUUCAGGAAUAAUAAAAUGUGUAGUUCCUAAA